GGGACAGACAUUCUCCAUUCUCUUGCCGGGCAGCACAGUCUCUGUCUGGGCAGCCAUGAACAGCCGCAGCGCUGCCUGCCUCCUCCUCCUCAUCACCGUCAGCAUCAGCCGCCUGCGUCCCAUUUUGGACAAUAAGUGACAGUGUAGUGUCUGUGAAGAGUGUGGACCAGCUGACAGUAACAUGCAGCGUCUUUAAGUCUCAGACGGCGGAGCUCGGCAGCAGCAGCGGCGGGAGAGGGCAGUAAAUAGACGGCGGAAUGGUGGAGAGGUGUGUGCGUUUUUCUGGGCUGUGGUGUCUGACGGCGGCGGAGAGAUGCUCUGAGCUCUGGCAUUAGACGGCAGCUGCGCACCGAGCUGCUCUCGUCCCCUCCCCUCCCCUCCUCACCCUCCUCCUCCUCCUCCUCAGCAUCAUCUCUGGUCUGCUCGCCCCGACCAUUCACUGAAACCGGGGAAUCGGCUCCACACUGCUCGCUGUGCUCACUACCACUGGCGUCCUGCACGGGAAUUUGACACAACCAGAGAGAUGUUCCUUUUCUGGAAGUGGGGGACUGGAUUAAAAAGUAAUUGUGAGCCUCAACGUGGACUGUGGUUUUAGUGAUUGUGAGCUGCUCACUGCAAAGCCGUGUGAUUGUGCUUGGCUCAGCACCGCUGCAUUCUCAGCCAACUUCUUCUUUCACUAGAUGAUUAACAGUCCACAGGAUUACCAUCCAUGGUUUCUGCCCUAAUCAAGACUAUAUCAUCCUACAUUGAAAAGAUUUGCAAAGGAAUGUUUACAAAGAAAUUGGCAAACCCAAUAAAGAAGAAAGAGAGAAGUGAAAAUAAAGAACCUAAAUUGACCACCGAUGUGCAAGCAAACAAUCCAAAUCUAUCUACUACACUGAAGACCACAGUGAAAAAGAUUUCCAAAUGCUCUUCGGCACGUAACAUAUCACUUGAAGACGACGACGGAAAGAACGACUGUUCAUCUCUGUCACCCACUUUUAGUUAUCGUGUAGCUAUAGCAAAUGGACUCCCAAAAAACUCUCCUUUUUUGAACAAUAAUGAAUGCAUAUUUCCUGAGGUUCUUUCAAUUGAUAGUAGUUACUCUGACUCUUUGAGUGAGACAAAACCUGUCCGGAGACUGGAUGAGCAUAAAUCACACACCAUGCCAGUAAGACGAAAUAGAAAGAGCCUCAUUAGUUUGGCUCCCUCUGAUGGCAGCUCUGAAGGUGAAAGAGUGGAACGCUCAAGUCUUCACACACUUAGACUGGGUGCUCUACGCAAGUUAAGAAAAUGGAAAAAGAGUCAGGAAUGUGUCUCUUCAGACUCAGAGGUGAGCAAUUGGAGGAAAACCCUGGGCAUCCGGAGCAAAUCCUUGGACCGUGCUGGACGUCAGCAGAAGAGUUCAACCCUGGAGCCUGGUUCCUCCUCCACAGGUUGCAUCAGUCAAACACAGGAUGUUAUGGAGAUGAUUUUUAAGGAGCUUCAAGGAAUCAGCCAGAUAGAGACUGAACUGACUGAGUUGCGUGGCCACGUCAAUGCCCUAAAAAGCUCCAUUGAUGAGAUCUCCAGUAGUGUGGAAGUAGUUCAGAGUGAGAUUGAGCAGCUUCGCUCAGGAUUUGUCCAGUCCAGAAGAGAGACACGCGAUAUCCAUGACUACAUAAAACAAAUUAGCCACCAGGCGAAUAACUCAACUUUGCGGUUUCUCAAUGUUCCUGAAGAAAGGUCAGAGAAAACAGAAAGCGUAAUAUAUAAAAUAUUAAAAGACAGAAUGGGUUUUACUGAUGCCCGUAAAAUAAUAAAAAUUGAACUUGCUCAUAGGCUAGGUCAACAAAGAGAAUGUUCUAAUGCGAAACCCCGCCCCAUUAUUGUCAUUUUUGCAACAACUCAAGAUAGGGAUGUAGUCUUGAAAAAAUGCUAUAAACUUAAAGGAACCGGCAUCACAGUUUCUACUGAUAGUUUAACUCAUGAUGGAAAGGAGAGAAAAGACAAAGCACUGUCCUCUUCACAAACAUAUGAAAGCAUGGAUCUAAAGGUUUCAGGGAAGGAAAAGGUAGUGGAGAGUGAUGACUGGGACUCAAUGGACAGUGAUAAAGAAUUAGAUGAAUUAAGCAGAAACAAAUAUGCAAUGGUGAUAUCCAAGCCUGUUCACAAGAGUAAAUCAGAGAAGAGACGGUCACAUGACCAUAGCCAGUCAGGAGAAGAAGCAGGCUACUCAGGAGCAGUUCAUUAUGCUGAUGACUCUUACUAUGACACAGACAAGCAUGCUAAGGCAUACUACUCUGAUAUGACCCCUGGUUGGCUUUCCCAGAGUGACUAUUCCUCCCCUAAACUUAGCCGAUCAGAAUCUGACUGUUCAAAACUUUGCCAAUCAUACUCUGAAGACUUUUCAGAGAGUCAAUAUUUUACACGUGCUAAUGGAGGCUCCUUGUUGUCCUCCUCAGACCAGGAAUUGUGGCAGAGAAAACAAGAAGACAUGGCUUCCUCAUGGUAUGCUAGCCCCAGUCAUCAAAAUCAAACCUAUGAACACAAUGAGGUUGAGACAACAGAAACGAUUGACAGUGGAGUGAGCAAUGGACUUGUAUGCAUGUCUGGUGAUAGAAGCCACUAUAGUGGCUCUCAGGUCUCUCUGCAAGGUGAUCUGUCACCCUGGAAAGACUGGCAUCAUCUGGAACAGGGUGCAGACUCUGGCUUGGAAGCCUCCAUAGAGGUCAGCAGUCCAUUUGACCCUUCAACCAUCCCAGGUUUUCCAGAGAACAUAACUAAAUGUCAGGAGGUUGAUUUACAAUUUGAAGGAGAUGAAGAAUUCAUGAUGUUUGACAGAGAAUCUUCUCUGCCACCUGUAACCACCCAUGUCAUUCCUCACAUCGCAGAGCGUGAGCCUGUCAUCAAGCCAUCUGCUCGGCAGUCUAAAGAGGGAUGUAAGGUGAGCACAAAAGAAAGCAUGAAACCAUCAUCUAAAGAUGCGCCUAAAGCUGCUGCUAAAGCAACUCAUAAACAAACUAAAUUGGCUCCUAAAGAAGAAAGCACCAAGAUAUUACCAAAGGAAAGCCCCAAACUAACCGCAAAGGCUACACCUCAAGUGACCUCUAAAGCAGCUCCUAAAGAGUCAUCAAAAGAAAUUCAGAAAUCAGCAGCUAAAGAAUCUUCUCUUAUUAAAGACAGUUCUAAACAAACAGCUAAAGGUGCAACAAAGCCCAUUGUUAAAGAGGUAUCUAAAAUUCCAUCUAAGGUAACCUCUAGUGAGACUGUAAAAGUCACACCGAUUAUGUUUUCUAAAGAAAGUCCUAAAGAGUCACCUAAAGACAGCCCUAAAAUAACUCCAAUUGAAAGCCCUGUCUUAACACCUAAAGAAUCCCCCAAAGAGUCCCCAAAAGAAUCCCCUAAAGUCAUAGCUAAAGAGUUACCACGUGUUCCAUCUAAAGAAGGUCUAAAAGUGGCUGCUAAAGAGGUCACCAAAGAAGCUACAAAACUACCCCCUAAAGAAUUAUCAAAACUACCCCCAAAAGAAGCAUCAAAAGCAACCACGAAAGUGGCACCUAAGGAGACUGGUACAGUAUCCACAAAAGACGUUUCUAAAGUUCCACCUAAAGAAUCACCACUUGUAGUUCCUAAAGAGAAUUCUAAGGUGCCCCCAAAAGACAGCCAUAAAGCUGCCUCAACAGAAGCCCCUAAAGUAGCACCCAAGGUAGCCUCGACAGAUGCCCCCAAGGAUACCCCAAAAGCAGCUCCCAGAGAGAAAUUCCCUGAACUGGAUGUCAAUCAUAGUUUUCAUCAAACCCAGAAUAAGUCUACAGCUAUGUACCGCAGUCAGAGUGAGAUUCGGACAGAGAAGGUUGAAGAGGUUCCAAAGUCUUGGAGUAGUAGGCUCAGUAUAGAUCUCAGUGAGAAGUCCUUUGGUUUUGGUUUUGGCUCUACUCUGCAGAGGGCUAAGUCAGCUCUAGAAGUUGUAUGGAAAUCUGGUACUCCAAACACCCCUGCUCCUCCUGAGGAGCCAAUCAAUCCACCUUCAUCAUUCAUGGGACGUUUCCGCACCCUGUCCACCUCCACUGCAAAUACCUCUAGUACGGCUACAGACUCCGAUGUCCACAAAGAGCCUAUCUUCUACAAGGCAGAGGAAGAGAAACCAAAUGUAGAAGCAAAAGCUGGUGAACAACAAGAGGAUGGUGAAACCCACUAUGUUGAAGUGAUGGAGCAGGUACUAGCUAACUUGGAGAACAGAACUAAUGCAAAUGAAUCAGAUGAGUUUACACAACAGUGUGAGACUUCUCAGGACUAUAAUGUGUCUGAUGACAUUGAGGCAUUAGACGAUAAUGCCUUUCAGGAUUUUGAAGAUUCUCAAGAUUUUGAUGAAAGCAAGAAUUAUGAGGAAAGUAAAGAGGCACAUGUUCUGGAGUAUGAUUGCAGUUUGGAUGAUCAAUAUGAUGAAGAGUACAUUGAGGAAUAUGAAACCGAACUCACUGAGGAUACUGCUGCAUAUGAUGCAAUGGUGGAGUAUGUAGAUGUUGAAGAACCAGAUGAGAUGACUGAGGACAAUGAUGUUACAGAGGAGAUGGACGAGGGUGACGAGGAGCUAGAGGAGGUGGAUGAGAUAAUAGAGGAAGCCACCGAGGUGGCUGAAAAAAUAGAACAACAGCAUGAGGAUGAAAACAAAAAUGUUGCAGAGGAGAAGCCCAUAGAGGCCCCACCCAAGAAACGAAUCCGGCCUACAUUUAAGGAGGCAGCACUCAGGGCCUACAGAAAACAGAUGGCUGAACUGGAGCAGCAGAUCCUGGCAGGAGACACCAGUGCUUUGGAUUCUCAGCCUCGCAGUAUUUUGGAUGUCUGCAUGCCUGGUUUGCAGACUGGAGGGGCUGGCAGUAUUCUUUAUGGUAUUGACAGUAUGCCAGAUUUACGUCGCAAGAGGACAAUGCCUCUUGUCCGAGACCUGGCCUUGACCCUCACUGCUCGAAAGGCAGGCAUCUCAUUCGCUCUAGUGAACCGGUCCACCCUGAAUAAUGAGGACCUGAAACUGCAUGUGUUCAAGAAGACUCUACAGGCCUUGAUCUACCCAAUUUCAUCCACAACACCGCAUAACUUUGAGGUGUGGACAGCGACAGCGCCCACCUACUGCCAUGAGUGCGAGGGGCUGCUGUGGGGCAUCGCCCGUCAGGGCAUGCGCUGCUCAGAGUGUGGCGUUAAAUGUCAUGAGAAGUGCCAGGACCUGCUCAACGCGGACUGUUUACAAAGGGCUGUGGAGAAAAGCUCCAAGCACGGGGCAGAGGACAAGACCCAAAAUAUCAUAAUGGCUAUGAAGGAGCGCAUGAAGAUACGAGAAAAGAACCGCCCAGAGGUGUUUGAGGUGAUCCAGGAGAUGUUCCACGUCUCCAAAGAGGAUUUUGCCAGCCACCUGAAAACAGCCAAGCAGGCUGUGCUUGAUGGGACCUCCAAGUGGUCUGCCAAAAUCAGCAUCACAGUCAUGAGUGCACAAGGCUUACAGGCCAAGGAUAAAACUGGCUCCAGUGACCCUUACGUCACCGUCCAGAUCGGUAAAACCAAACGCAGAACGAAGACCAUCUUUGGCAACCUCAACCCGGUGUGGGACGAGAAGUUCUACUUUGAAUGUCAUAAUGCCACCGACCGCAUCAAGGUGCGCGUCUGGGAUGAAGACGACGACAUCAAAUCGCGGGUGAAGCAGCACUUUAAGCGCGAGUCGGAUGACUUCCUGGGUCAGACCAUCAUUGAGGUCCGCACACUCAGCGGGGAGAUGGAUGUUUGGUACAAUUUAGAUAAGAGGACGGAUAAGUCUGCUGUGUCUGGUGCUAUUAGACUCAAGAUCAGUGUGGAGAUGAAAGGGGAGGAGAACGUGGUCCCUCCCCAUGGCCAGUAUACCUGUUUACAUGAGAACCUGUUCCACUGUCUGACUGAGGUGAAGAACAACGGCGUAGUGAAGAUCCCGCAGGUGAAAGGGGACGAGGCGUGGAAGGUGUACUUUGACGACGUGUCUCAGGAGAUAGUGGACGAGUUCGCCAUGAGAUACGGAGUGGAGUCCAUCUAUCAGGCUAUGACGCACUUCUCAUGUCUGUCCGCCAAGUACAUGUGUCCUGGUGUGCCAGCAGUGAUGAGCAACCUGCUUGCUAAUAUCAAUGCCUACUUUGCCCACACGACCACCACCACCACAACCACUGCGUCUGCUUCUGACCGGUUUGCUGCCUCUAACUUUGGAAGGGAGAAAUUUGUGAAAUUACUGGAUCAGCUGCACAACUCACUGAGGAUCGAUCUCUCCAAAUACCGGGAAGAAAACUCUUCCUGUAGAGCUUACCCCGUCCAAUUCUGA